GGCACUUUGCUCACCGUCUAUAUAACCCCUCCAUCGAUCCCAUUUGUUGAAGGAAGUUCCAGGUAGUCGCUUGGCUUCUCUCUCUGUCUCUUCCAAGUGCUCUCUGUAGUGCAGAAAGGAAUGAGAAGAUUGUAGACACUCUCAGCAAGCAAGCAAGCAAGCGCGCUCUCUCUCUUUCUCUCUCUCUGCCUCUUUGUUAGGAUCUGAAACAUGAGGAUCUUGAGUUGGGUGCAAAACAAGUUCAAUGGGAGACCAGAGAAGAAGUGUUCUGCUUCUCGUGCUUCGGCUCCUGGAAAUGAACACAGCGAGUGGCCGCAGGCCCUGUUGGCAAUCGGAACAUUCGGCAUCAACGACAUGAAACAAGACCCACAAAUCGCAGAAAACUUGGAUGCUUCAGAAGACUUGCUUGAUUUCACGGCAGAAGAAGUGAACACACUGCAGAAAGAGCUAGCAAAGCUGCUGAGCCGAAAGCCAAAGUGUAGCACCAGCGGAUCCGAGAUCGCUGAAGAAGAAGAAGAAGAAGGUAGAGCUAAUCUGCCACUGAACAGGUUUCUCAAUUGCCCGUCGAGCUUGGAGGUCGACAGGACCACCAGCUUGAAGCUCGACAACAAUGGCGAUCUCUCCCCCUACACCAAGAUCAUACUGAGCAAAGUGAAGGAUGCAUUACAGGGCAACCGCAAUGCCAUCAAGAAGAAAUCACUCUCAUUUCUUCUGAAGAAGAUAUGUGUCUGUCGGAGUGGCUUCGAGUCACCUCCAAGCUUCAAAGACCCCAUUCCUGAGCCAAGGAUCGAGAAGAUUCUCAAGGCAAUUCUUACCAAGAAGAGCUCUGCUCCAACAUCAAUGAGAAGCUACUUGAAGAGCAAACCCAACGAGAAGUUGCAGGCAUCAAAGGUGGAGGAGGACGACCGUAGGAAAAAUCAGUGUAGAUGGGUUAAGACAGAUUCCGAGUGUAAGACGAUCAAUUCUUGCAUUACAAUGGUAAUACCAUGUUUUGAUGGCCACUGAUGUGAAACUGUUCUUGCUUGCAGAUAUCGUUCUAGAGAUCUAGAAACCAAUAUGGCAUUGAAUGUCGGUAUGAUCGAAGGCGGCUCUCUCUCUCUCUCUCUCUCUCUCUGAUAGUGUUGAUGUUUAUGAAGAAGCCACUGAAGGUAUGCCAAUUGCUUGGGAGUCCCAGACUGACCGUGGAGCAGAGAAGCGAACCAGAAGGGUUUUAGCAGAGGAGAAACGCUGCAUUUUUGCUGUGAAUUUAUGCUUUUGAGUGUUAAUAGUAAAAGAAAAGGAAAUUGUCAUGCAGAUGUUAUAAAGCAUUUUGAUGAAUGG